UUAGUAAUGUUUUAAUCCAUCAAGGAUAUAGGAAGAGAAAAGAUUUUCAUUAUGAGGAAACAUUUAAAAAACAAUAAGCAAAAAUUAUUUGGAUAUCUUGAUAUACAAGCUACUUUAAAUCAACACACUGAAGUGUGUACAUUAAUAUUCAUUAUUGUGUAAACCUAAAUCUUAUCUCAACAUAAGUGUGAUAACAUGUCCCAGAUUUUAACCUCAAACUCAGCUGAUUGAAUGAUUGUUGUAAGGAGAAUUAUUUUAAAGAUUUUACAAAAGAAGGAAAAGAUGUCAAAACCUAGACAACCUGUUCAUUUAGGUGGAUUUGUUAAACCAGGAUUUGAAAAAGUAAAAGAUGUUUUCAGAUCAAAUCUUGAGACCCAGACUGAAAUUGGAGGGACCUUUGCAGCUUAUUACAAGCAAGAAUUAGUGGUGAACCUAUGGGGAGGAUAUGCUGAUCAAAAAGCUAAAAGAUUAUGGAAGGAAGACACAAUGCCAUGUGUAUAUUCUACAACUAAAAGUGCAUCAGCUGUUGUUAUAGCACAUAUGGUAGAUAGAGGAUUAUUAAGUUUUAAAGAAAGAGUAUGUCAAUACUGGCCAGAAUUUGCUAACAAUGGAAAGGAAGAUGUGACUCUAGAAAUGUACCUUUCUAAUCGAGCAGGUUUGUCAGCAACCAAUGAAAAGUUUCCAAUGUCAUUAAUACUGACAGAUCCAGUCAAAUUAGGUCAUAUCUUAGCCAAUCAGAAACCAUUAUGGAAGCCAGGAACAAAUCAUGGAUACCAUCCUGUAACCUUUGCCCUCUACCUUGAUCAGAUAGUUAGACAUGCUGACCCACAAAGAAGAUCUUUAUCUCAGUACUUUCAUGAUGAAAUAGCAAAACCAUUUGAUAUAGAGUUUUACAUAGGACUACCAGAAGAGCUCCAUUACAGGACUCCAAGGAUAAUAAUAUGGAAGAUGUUAGAUGCUGCUUCAUAUAUACAUAACUUCAAGGGAGAUCCAGAUAUACUGAAACUAACAUCUCAGAGCCCUACUGACUUCAAAAGUGUGAGGACAAUGAAUGAUCCAGAUAUAAAGAAACUACCAGUAGGUUCUAUAUGUGGACAUGGUACUUCUGCUGCGAUUGCAAAACUACAUAGCAUUCUAGCCAAUGGUGGAGUAUAUCAGGGGAAGCAACUCCUCUCGGAGGAUUCUAUAAACAAAUUCCAACAAAUUUCUUCAGGAGGUGUAGAUUUAGCUUUCAGUAUGGAUGGUAUGUGGAGUUAUGGGCCCAUGGUGUUUCCUAUUGCAGAAACUGGUAAACCACUAAUGUACAUUUUUGGUCAUGGAGGAUAUGGAGGACAGAUGGGGCUUGCCGAUACAAGAUAUAAAACAGGAUUCUGUUAUGCAACAAACUAUCUUGAUGCUUCAUCCCGAAGUGGUGCCGAUGAUGAUAGACGCUGGAUAUCUAUGUAUGAAACAUUGUAUGAAUGUAUUUACAAAUUAGAAAAUGUUCCAUCUAGUCAAGAAAGAAGAACAUUUUAUGAAUUUGGUGCUUUUAAGAAAUUCAAGGGAAGCAGAUUAUGAUAGUAUUUAAUUCAUAACAGUAUUAAAUUUAGAACAAAUGCCAAAGAUGAUUAUAUGGUGCUACAAAUAGACCGUAUA